CUUAAGUCACAAGUCUCAGUGUCUGUCCCUGCUUUUGAGUCCAACAACAGAAGCUCUGGGUCAUCAAGAGACGUGUCUAUGAGUGCAGGGGAGGCCAGAGUAGUUGCCCACUAACCCUAGAGAGAUCUUCAUUGACCAAUCAUGGACCAUUCAUCCUCCUCUUUACCUUCUGAAGAAAAACCAAAGAUUUUGGCCUCAGAUAUAAUACCUGAUUGCAACAAUACAGAGACUGGGGGGAAAGACUUACUGCCUCAAGAAAAAAUCACUUUGAUCAAAUCAACCCUGCAGGAGGGGAGACUUGAAGAAGUCGUAUCGUUAAUCAAUAAGAUGAUUGAAGACAUGGAUAAUGCAGUCCUGAACAUUGCACUGACGGGGGAGUCAGGUGCAGGCAAGUCCACUUUCAUCAAUGCCUUCCGGGGGGUCGGGCAUGAAGAUGAGCAUGCUGCUAGCACUGGGGUGGUGGAGACGACGACAAACGUCACUUGUUAUGAACACCCAGAGCUUCCUAAUGUAAAGCUAUGGGACCUGCCAGGCAUUGGCACCCUUAAUUUCAAACCAGAGAAUUAUCUAGAAAAAGUGAACUUCAGUCGCUAUGAUUUCUUCCUCAUCAUUUCCUCAUCAAGAUUUCGAAUCAAUGAUGUGAAGCUUGCCCAGAAGAUCAGAGAGAUGCGGAAGAAGUUUUACUUUGUGAGGACCAAAGUGGACAUUGAUUUGCAUAAUGAAAGGAGGGCCAAGCCCAGGACCUUCAAGGAGGAGAACGUUCUGCAGAUGAUAAAAACCAACUGCCUACAACAUCUGCAGAAAAUAGGGAUUGAGGAGCUGAAAGUCUUUUUGAUUUCCAGUUUUGAAUUAGAAUCCUAUGAUUUCCCUAAACUGAAGGACGAUUUGGCAAAAGAGCUUCCAGAGCACAAACGCCAUGUCUUUUUUCUGUCCCUUCCCAAUAUUUCCGAGGAUAUAAUUGAGCAAAAGAAAGCUAGUAUUCAGGAAAGGAUCUGGCUGGAGGCCUUGAAGGCUGGCGCAUGGGCCGCUAUCCCUUUAGUGGGUGUCUUUAAAGAAGAAGAUAUUGCUCAAUUAAAGUAUCAUUUGAUCAAUUAUCAAAGAAAAUUUGGAGUAGAUGAUGCAUCUCUCCUCAAGACCUCCCAGGCAUCCAAUAAGCCUCUAGAAGAGGUGAAGGCCCUUAUCAAGUCUCCUCAUCUGUUCACAGUUAAGACAGAUGAAAGCAUAGGCGAGAGACUGUUGAGGUAUGCAGAGCUAUUCUUCUCAGUGAAUGGAGGUCUACUUGCCCCUGGCCUCUACUAUAGAAAGACUUACUGUGCACACUUGCACUUCCUUGAGACAGUGGCCAAUGAUGCUAAAAUUCUCCUCAGCAAACUAUGGGAAACCUCUUUUGGCAUCAUGGAGGUUUUUGGUAUUGCCAUCAGUGGUAAGGAUCUUCAGAAUUUAGCCUCCAACUUUAUGCCAUACUAUAAAAUGGUAACCAAUACAAAUGGCGACCUUUUGCCUGAAGAUACUAUUACCUGGAUCCAGUCAGCCUUGCAGGAGGGAAGACUAGCGGAAGUGGCUUCCAGGAUCCGGGAGACACUGGAAGCAUCAGAAAAUGUCCCCUUGAAUAUUGCUGUAACAGGGGAGUCUGGGUCUGGAAAAUCUGCUUUCAUCAAUGGCCUUCGAGGAAUUGGGCACGAAGAAAAGGACUCUGCAAGCACUGGGGUAGUAGAGACUACCAUGAAGGCCACUCCUUACGAGCACCCUAAAUAUCCUAAUGUGAAGCUAUGGGACUUGCCAGGCAUUGGGACCCCUGAUUUCCACCCCGACAAUUAUCUGCAUCAAGUGCAGUUCAACCAGUAUGAUUUCUUCAUCAUCCUUUCAGCUUCAAGGUUCACAACCAAUCAUGUAAAACUGGUCCAGGAGAUAAGAAAAAGGAAAAAGAAAUUUUACUUUGUCAGAACCAUGGUAGAUAUAGACUUGUAUAAUGAAAGGAAGUCCAAACCCAAGUCUUUUUCUAAAGAGAGAGUUCUGCAGAGAAUGAGAGACUACUGUCUGCAAAACCUCCAUGUUGAAGGUGUGAGUGAGGCACAAGUCUUCUUGGUGUCUAACUUUGAUUUGUCUGAUUAUGACUUCCCAAAGCUGGAGGAAACGCUGUUAAAGGAUCUCCCAGCUCACAAACGUCACACUUAUGCGCUGGCCCUCUCUGUUCCUUCUGAGGCUGCCAUUGAGAGGAAGAAGGCUGCCCUACGAGAAAGGAUCUGGCUGGAAGCCUUUAAGAAUGGUCUUGUGGCCACUGUUCCAUCAGGAGGCUUCUUUAUUAAUAACUUAGAUACAUUGGAUAAACAUUUGAAACAUUAUCGAAAUGUUUUUGGGGUGGAUGAUGCAUCUCUUCUCCAGGUGGCACAAAAGUUGGAAAGACCCGUGGAGGAGAUCAAGGCCACCAUGAAGUCUCUGGAUUUAGUGGCACUCAUUAAGGAGGAAAGUGCCAUGGGAAAGCUCCUAAAAUUGGCUGAGGGCAUCUCCUCUGCAAAGGGAUUCGUCAUGGGUGCUGGCUUCCAUUUUGGAAAGACCUACUUCAUACAUUGGCACUUCCUUGAUGUUGUGGCUGAAGAUGGCAAAAGCCUCUUGCGAAAAGUUUUAGAUGGCCCUUUUUGAGGCCUUUCUGAUGGCCAAAAGAUGAUGGUGGGAAGGACCCACCUGACUCAAGAGAAUAGCAGGGAGUACUAUAGCACAGGGGUGACUUGGUGAGCACUUGCUUCUAGAAUCACAUCCUCUCUACACCCAUCACCUUGAGGUGUUUGUACUGCAUCAAGACUCUAGCCUACCAAAUUGAAUUGGUAAUGACUGUUGUGACCCCUGCUCAUGUUUACUUCAACACUUCAAGGAUCUGUGAUUUUUGUCAGUGAAAACACCAUUCAGAUACAAGUCAUACUCCUUUUUGUAGCUUGAUAGAUGGAUUGCUCUCACUGACUUGACGCUGACCUUCUGGUAAUGAGGAUCUCACAACAAAGUAAGACAAGUCCUCAAGGCAACAAACAUGCCCAGGUCAAUAUUUGAAACCUUUGAUUUUGGUAGAACUUUGUAGCAUUUGUACUCUACUUAUAUUGGCUUCAAGAACUCAAGGUCACCUCUACAUGACUAGGAGGCAUCAGAUUAAGACUUUUGUGGAAGGCUCUAUUUCAUAUUCCAACACCCCAGUAAAACUGUGAUGUCAUUGUAGUGGAUACUUCCUUCACUGUGGCAGAUAACAAUCUAUUUGUGUCUUCCUAACCUGGACAGACCUUGUCCACACUAUUCUAAAAUUGCAACAUAGGGGAAGUGGGAUGGGGCUUGGAAAAAAUAGUGCUUCUCAUUAUAUGAGCUUAUUUGGAUACCCAAUGGAACAUGGUGAAGAGAGAGCUUGGGACAGGAGUACCGGAUACUGGAUUCAGACAGAGAGGACACGCAUCAUGUCUCAUUUCCUGUGUAACCUUAAGCAAGUCAGUUUACUCUCUAGGAUUCAGUUUCUAUCCAAUUGAUAGAGUGAACGACCUAUCAAUAUAUGUUCUUUUGUCCUUGUGAUCCUAUGAAAGGUGUCUAUUGAUUAUCUUUUCCUCUUGAGAGGUGACUGACCAUCUUUCUAACAUUCAUUCAUUUUUGUGAUGACGUCUUUUAUAUAGCUUGUCCUGCACAGUUAUUCCUUUGUUAUCUGCUAGGAGGUGCUCAUACUUCUGACCUAUCUCCAUUGCCCUUUGGUGGCUCUCAGCUUUAAUUCUUGAGAGACUAGCAUUCAACGUUUCUGAGAGAAAUGAUUAUUUCUCUUGUAUUUAAUAGCUAGCUGAAUUAGGACCAAGG